AUGGCUGAAGGUAUGGCACAAGUUCAUCUAAGAAGUGUGAUAGAUCCACCUUGUCCAAGACAUCCAGACACAGAAGCUAUGCUUGUCUGCCGUCAGGACGGAUGUGAUGAAGCCUUAGUAUGCCCGCAGUGCAUUAUUGUUGGGGGAUCUCAUGCUGAACAUAAAAUAACAAUGCUACAGGAUCACCUGAAGAUCUGUAAGGAGAAAGUCCUGGAAUGGAAUAAAAACACCGAAGAACACGUCCUGGACCCUUGGAAAGAAAUGGCAAAACAAAUAGAAGCAGAAUUAUCAGACUAUGACGGAGCAUGUAAAGAACUUCUGGAGAAUAUUGAGAAAAGAGGAGACCAACUUCAUUCCAAUGUAGAUACGUUGGUAAAGGAGCUCAAGACUAAAUGUAGGCAAAUCAAAGCAUCGAAUCGUCAGAUACUAGAGCAGAAACAGCGUGACAUCCAGGUAAAGAUAGAAGGAGUUCAGGAAGAUAUAGCCUCCCUUGAUGCUUGUAUCCAGGCCACAUGUAAAGCUGACAUCGUCCAAGCCGCAAAAUCAGGAAUAUCAAAGACUUACCCGAUUAUCGAGCAACCGGGUAUUGAGGAUAUUUCUUUUCAACAAAGUGAAAUGCCGCUGAAGGACAUGGAAAAAUUCCUGGGGAAAAUUUCGUUAGGAAGUGAGCAAUCACUUAGGUAA